AUGAUGGAAAUGAAUUUCUUACUACCUGGCGGUGCGGUGUGGUGCACCGCACUGUGGCCGAAGGUGCGACAUGAUUGGUUCUUCUUAGCGUGUCGGAAGUGUGCAGUGGCUCUGGAGGUUCCCAUGUUAGUCGGUGUGUCCAUCGGCGUGUGCGCUGUUGAGGAGCACGAAGACCGCAGUGUGGUUAUCUUUUUUUUUUUACCUUUUUUGUUCGUCCGCACUCAAAUUGCUAUGCUGGGUGCGGUGGAUUGCCUUCACUUCGAAUAUAUCCGUUGCUCUGGUGCUGGGGUGUGUUCUAGGUACUUUCCUGCGUUUAGUGCUGCUGCCAUUCCGGCGGAAGAGCAACUGUGA